AUCAACAUCAAAUUUUUAACACAGCCAAACGCAACCAAAAUUUGUGAUAAAAUUUAUAAAAUAUUUUGUAAAGAAAUUUCCUAAAAAUUCAAGAAUAUUAUUUUUUACCAAAAUUCUUAUAAAUUAUACAAUAGUUAAUCUAUACCAUGGGUGCCUCGAAUGUGAAGCCCUAUUCGGAAACGGAGUCCAAGGCCCUUAAGAACUUCAUGAGGACCUAUAAGAGGAAUCAUGCCUACAUGGACGAUGAGGAGGUCCAGAGAUCGGGAGAAAAUGCCUGGGGGAAGCUAUUGCCCUCUCAGAAAAAGCACUUUGAAGUGAGACCAAGAGUUAUACCCGUCAAGAAAAAGCCAGCCAUUGCGAAAAGGAAAGCAGUGACCAAGCAAAAGAAAUCCGUUUGCGGAAAGCGUAAUAAUGCAGCCAAGAAAGCCGUCCGUACUAUGCGUAAUCAGGGCAAGAAGAAAAUUACAGUUAGGACUAGAAAGGCUUUCCCCAGUCCCGUGAUGAGUUCCGCUUUUAUAAACUUUUUGCGCGAACACCAGAAGCGAAAUGUCAACGUGGACGUUAAGAAGAGGCUGCAAAAGGCGGCUAGAAUUUGGUCAAAGCUCACCAAGCAGCAACAAGAUCAAUUUCGUACGGUAGCUGCCAAAAGGAAGAGCAUGCAGAAAGGAAGGGCUUGAAAACCAUCGAAAAUGAUUAAGUAGUAGCUGGAAAAAGGAAAAGGAAGUAGCAGAAGAGCUUUAGUACUAUGGACUAUGAUUAAUUGAACAUCGUGUAUUUUUUUUCCAGGAAUAAACUAUAAACCUAAUAUAAAACUCCAA